UGUCUCCACCGGAAGAGAAGGUGUGGGGCCCCUUCCCCCAGGGACCACCAGUCCUGUGCCAGGAUGGAGGUCCGCCGGUCCCUGCUGCUCCUGCUGGCCCUGAAAACACUGUGGGCAGUAGGCAACAGAUUUGAGGCCCAGAUCAUUGGGGGUCGAGAGGCAGUCCCGCACUCCCGCCCAUACAUGGUCUCGCUACAGAAUGCCAAGUCCCACGUGUGUGGGGGAGUCCUCGUGCAUCAGAAGUGGGUGUUGACCGCUGCCCACUGCCUGUCUGAACCGCUACAGCAGCUGAAGCUGGUGUUCGGCCUGCACAGCCUUCAUGAUCCCAAAGAUCCUGGCCUUACCUUCUACAUCAAGCAAGCCAUUAAACACCCUGGCUACAACCUCAAAUACGAGAACGACCUGGCCCUGCUUAAGCUGGAUGGACGGGUGAAGCCCAGCAAGAAAGUCAAACCACUGGCUCUUCCAAGAAAGCCCCGAGACAAGCCUGCAGAAGGCUCCCAGUGCAGCACGGCUGGAUGGGGUAUAACCCGCCAGAGGGGACAGCUAGCCAGGUCCCUGCAGGAGCUCGACCUGCGUCUGCUGGACACCCGGAUGUGUAACAACAGCCGCUUCUGGAACGGUGUCCUCACGGACAGCAUGCUGUGCUUAAAGGCUGGGGCCAAGGGCCAAGCUCCUUGCAAGGGUGACUCUGGAGGGCCCCUGGUGUGUGGCAAAGGCAAGGUGGAUGGGAUCCUGUCUUUCAGCUCCAAAAACUGCACAGACAUCUUCAAGCCCACCGUGGCCACUGCUGUAGCCCCCUACAGCUCCUGGAUCAGGAAGGUCAUUGGUCGCUGGUCACCCCAGCCUCUGGCCUGAUGUCCCAAACUAUCUGGGACAUCAUUCUUGAUGGCUGGGGCUGGGAAGGGACCAGGUGUGCCUCUGGGGACCAAUAAAUCCUGAUAUAUCUGUUGGGUCUA